AUGCGUCGAAACCGGCUGCAGAUUGAAACAGCUCGCUGGAUGACACCGUUUCAGACUCAGACCGCUCAUAACAAACUGGCUCGACCCUUCACAACCCUUCUUUCUCUCUCUAGCUUAGAGCUGUUGUAUCUGGGUGGUAACCAGAUCUCCUCCAUCCCUGCUGAACUAGCUAACUUACCCUGCCUCAGUUACCUAGUUCUGUGUGAUAAUCGCAUCCAGAGCGUCCCACCUCAACUCAACAAGCUCCAUUCCCUGCGCUCUCUUAGUCUGCAUAAUAACCUGCUGACGUAUCUUCCGAGAGAGAUCCUGAGCCUGGUGCGUCUUCAGGAGCUCAGUCUCAGAGGCAAUCCUUUGGUCGUACGCUUCGUCAAGGACAUGACCUACGACCCCCCGUCGCUGCUGGAGCUGGCUGGCCGAACCAUCAAAAGCAAGAACCUUCCAUACUCGCAUAAAGACCUCCCAAGCCACCUAGUCAACUACCUAGACAUGGCAAGCAAAUGA